AACCCGCAUCAAAUUAAAACUUUCUCCCCGCACAAAAGCUUCACGUUCGUUCAGUCCUCCCCUUCUCCUGUCGGUGGGAAGUUAGCUAAUUCUCCAUGUAAUCUGUUCCUAUUCACUUUCAUUCAGAUUACUCUCACUAACCUACGACCCAUCAUGACUGCAAUCUUGUCCGUUCACGUUGCUCUCCUGGUGGCUGGGACCACCCUUUUCGGUUGGAACUUGGUAAGGGCUCCCGCUCCAUUAGUAUUGGGAAUUUUGUCUAACUCUGUUUAUACCCUAGGCCGAAUUGAACGCCCCCCAGAAAGCAAUUCAGGGUGACUUGCACCUCAAUGCGGCCCAAUUCGGUAAGCUGACAGAAUCCUUACUUGUCAAACUCUAUGUUGCAAUCUGCCGGUUGUGUUUUCCUUCCCGUGAACUGUCCUGUGGCACUGCAAAUAUUAUGCCGUAUCAGCCCACCGGCUGAAAGCCGCAGGACCUAGCCCUCUGUUCCUCCUCCAGAGUGCCAGCCGCUUUGGUCAGGUCUUUCCGUGCCGGGUCCAUUCCUCUUGCUAACUAUCCCAUUCACCUAGGUCUUGCCUCUAGUAUUCUAGCCAUCGGAGGCCUAUUGGGUUCUAUCAUCACCACCCCCGGCAUGAACGCUCUAGGGCGUAAAAAGAUUCUUGUCAUUGCCGCUAUGUUUUUCACGAUCGGAGGAAUUCUUAAGGCCGCAGCGGGAGGUCCCGUGGCACUCACUGCUGGGAGAUUCCUCAGUGGGAUCGGUGCUGGUUCUGCAGCGGUUGUUGUUCCCAUUUACAUCAACGAGCUUGCACCACCAUCUUCCCGAGGUGCCUUGUAAGUCACUCACUCCGGUUUCUAGCAUUGGCUAAUUAUUGCAGUGGUUCCCUCACUCAAAUCUCGAUUAAUUUCGGUAUCCUGUCCAGUCAGGUUAUGGGAAUUUUUUUGGGUCAGUUACAAUUCCCCAUGUUGCUGUUCCCUUAAUUCUAAUCGGAUUUGUUACUAUGAUGCAGAAGAAGAGGGACAAUGGCGCCUUAUUCUCCUUGUUGGGGCUGUAGUUGGUUGUGUGCAGGGAGUUGGUCUGCUGUUUCUUGCAGAGUCCCCGGCAUCCUUGGCGGCUUCCGGAAAUUUGGAACAAGCUAGGCGUGAGCUUAUUAAGAUUCGGGGGACCACGGAUGUGGAGGAGGAACUCGCCGGAUAUCAAAUCCCACAAGCUGGUAUAUUCUUUUCAUUCUCCCCACAGCAGGCAUCUGUCUAUUUAGCAAGGAUACUAAUGUUGAGUGGUUAGGGAAUACCGAGGGGACUGAAACAGAGCGUGCAGAUGGAGUGGAACCUCUCAUUGCGGCCGAGGCUGGUACGUCCCUAUCCCAAUUGCCUGCCACAGCUGUCACUUUUUUUUUAACUCUGAUACUCAUCGCCCGUGACCAGGUCAAUCCGCGGGAACUGAGGAUACCCAGGCAGUUGAUGAAAAUACUCCUCUGGUCGAGGACGGAACGACUACCAACCCUGCGAGUAACCAGAUUGGGCUUCUAGAAUUUGUGACCAAACGCCAAUUCCGUCUUGGUUUCAUGAUUGUUGCUGGCUUAAUGUUGGCACAACAGCUUACGGGUUCGUGACACCCUACUGUUUAGAUCAUGUUGACUAGAUUGUUAUUUUUGGCUAAAAAUCUGGAUUUACUCACUAUCAGGAAUUAAUGCGGUUGUGUUCUAUGGCGUCUCAAUCCUCGAGGAUCUCUUCCCCAAUUCUGCUAAGUACCUCAAUGCGGCAAUCUCGGCAGUCAACUUGCUUGUCACGUUGGGGGCAUCAUUCUUGUUUGACACCAUGAGCCACACCACUUUGCUCCUAAGGUCUAUACUUAUGAUGGCGUGCUCCUCGGCUCUCUUGGCUGUGGGUAUCUGGUUCAAGCUUGCCACCCUGUCUGCAAUUUCAACCUUAUCUUUUGUCUCGGGCUUUUCCAUGGGCUUGGGCCCUCUUCCUUGGAUGGUGGCCUCUCAACGGAUAGAACCUAACGGUGUCGGUGCUGCACAAUCAAGCGCCCUAAUUGCUAAUUGGAUUGGCACUUUCGUUGUCAGCUUUGCCGUUCCGGUUAUCGCUCAUGCUGCUGGAAUGCACGCUGUUUUCAUCUCCUUUGCGAUCCUGGGCGCUGCUUUCUACUGGUGGGGCUUUUACUACUUGUAGUGUGACCUCGCGGGAUAUGGUAGGAUCGGCGGACCUUUGCAGACAUUGUAUCUUGUCUCUCUUAUGGCUUCUUUGUGCUUUUUUACUGGAGGACAGUGCAUCGGGAUUCCAGUGAAAAGAAAAGAAAUUGCAAUUUUUUCCCACGUUAUUUACAAUGCUAGGUGUUUCUUUCUCCUCUGGGCGCUUUCUCCACAUGUGGUAUGACUUUGUCACAUAUCCUGAACUUCGUGGCCAUUUUCAGAUGCCCUGUUUCAUCUCUCCUCUCACUGAUUUCUUUUUUUUGUUCUGGGACAAUACAAGGAGAUACCUGUGAUUAACUUCUUUUUCACGACAUCUUUCUAGCUAUCUUUACCCCCAAAUGUCGAUACUCCGUAAUAUCACGGAGAAUGAAAUUGUUUCAUGAAAAUCAACCUCUACGUUUACCACUUUCAUCUUCCAGAGAACCUCCCUUCUUGGGUGACACGCUGCAACAC